AUGGACAAGGACACAGACACAGCGACAUGGCACGACGCGACACGAAAAAUCCUGGCUUCAUCUUUGUUUGAUCAAUAUGUGUCUCUCAUAUCGAAAAGCAUCACUAAUAAGGACAUCAGGCUUGGCAGGGUUUUACACUCAACCUUCAUUAAAACAGCUCUCACCUUCGACACCUUCCUCAUCAACCGCCUCAUUGAUAUUUACUCCAAAUGCAAUGCCAUUCCAGAUGCCCAAAAGGCUUUUGACGACCUUCCAACUAAGAACACCCAUUCUUGGAAUACCAUGAUUUCCAUGUACUCGAGAAAUGGCAGUUUUGAUGAUGCACGCCAUUUGCUUGCUACAAUGACAGAGCCAAACCUUGUGAGUUAUAAUACGUUGAUUUCUGGUUUAGCACGUCAUGGGUAUCAUAAAGAAUCCAUAUAUCUCUUUCAAAGAAUGCAACAAGGUUGUGAAUGUUUGUUAUUAGACCAGUUCACGUUUGUAAGUGUAGUUGGAACUUGUGCUUCCCUAGGUGCAUUGGCAAUGUUGCGUCAAGUUCAUGGGGUGGCGAUUGCAAUUGGCUUGGAAAUGAAUAUCGUUGCUUGCAAUUCUUUGGUCAAUUCUUAUGGAAAAUGUGGUGAACCAGACACCUCAUAUUCUGUAUUCAGUCGGAUGCUAGAGAGGGACGUCGUGUCUUGGACCUCAAUGAUUGCUUCUUAUGCAAGUGCAUCAAGAAUGGAUGACGCUUGUUGGGUAUUUCAUGGUAUGCCUAUCAAGAACACAGUUUCUUGGACUGCUUUGAUAUCAGGUUUUGUACAAAGUGGGCGUGGUAAUGAUGCUUUGGAUCUUUUCCAGAAAAUGCUGGAAGAGAGGAUCCCGCCUAGCUCAGUUACAUAUGUUAGCAUUUUGAGUGCUUGUGCAGACCUAGCACUUAAUGAAAGAGGUAAGCAGAUUCAUGGGCAUAUCAUUAGAAGUUAUAAUGGAUGUUACUUGUCCAAUUUAAUUAUUUGUAAUGCUCUAGUUGACAUGUACAGCAAAUGCGGAGACAUGAGAUCGGGAAAAACAUUGUUUAAGAUGAUUUGUGAGAAGGAUGUAGUCUCUUGGAACUCUAUAAUUACUGGAUUUGCUCAGAAUGGGCUGGGGGAGGAGUCACUUCUUGUUUUUAAGAGGAUGGUAGAAUCAAAUAUGAAGCCUACUUAUGUGACUUUUCUUUUGGUGUUAUCUGCUUGUAGCCACACAGGAUUAGUUUCUGAAGGACUUCAAAUUCUGCACUUAAUGGAAAAGGGUUAUGGUAUUAAACCUAGGUCAAGUCACUAUGCAAUUGUGAUUGAUAUGCUUGGGAGGAAAAACAAACUGAAGGAAGCAAUGGAGUUGAUUGAGAGAGCUCCUAAUACAUCAGAUCAUAUUGCGAUGUGGGGUGCACUUUUGGCUGCUUGUCGAGUCCAUGGGAAUUUGGCCCUAGCUAGGAAGGCUGCAGAAGCUCUGUUUGAGUUGGAGCCCAACAAUGGUGCAAGAUAUGUUAUGUUAUCAAACAUUUAUGCUGCAGCUGGUAGAUGGGCUGAUGCCCAUAGGGUCAGAAGGCUCAUGGAAGACAGAGGUUUGACAAAAGAGUCAGCUUAUAGUUUGAUUGAGAUGAGAAAUGCAAGGCAUGAGUUUGUAGCGAAAGACAAGGUCCACUGUCAGACAGGAGAGAUGAAUGACAUGAUUGGUAAAUUAGCAGACCAUAUGAAGGAUGUAAGCAAUCUUCCUUACAUUUACAGCCUUUUGUCUGAGGAUAAUGGUCAUUCCUGAUGUAAUGAGCAUGAGCUUCAGUUUGACUGGUUAGUGUCUUUGUUUUAUUAUAUCUCUAAUAUAUAUCUUGACUAAUGUU